GGUCGAUGGAGACGUUUGGAGUUGCUGCGGUGCUCUCCAACUAUUUCUCGGCACUCCUCAGCGCGUGUUUUGUGUUUGAUUGUGUUUUCGGCUCGAACCGAACUUAUUAUGGUUUAAGAUAAUGUGCAAUAGGGCAUAUGCUAAAUCGGUGGCGACAGUGCAAUAGCUCAGAAACGAGUGCACCAAAUUGGCUAAUUUCUUGAGGCCAGAGUGAAAUGAAAGCUGGCAAAAGUGAAACGCCCACAAGAAAAUCUGCGUGGUGCUAGUGUGCUCUUGAAAGAAUCUAGCCAAACCACUUGGCAAAUUCCACAUACAUACAUACCAAAUCGGUAGAAGCGAAAUUUCACCAAGAACAGGCUCUAAGUCUCCGAUCGCCUGGCUAAAACUUCGAUUUCCGUUGGGAUUAGAUCGAGUGAACCCGAAUUUGAUGGCCGCGGGGCAACAGCAAACUCAUCUUGGCCGGCUGCUUCUUGGUUAGCCGAGAACGUGAUCGCUUUCUGGCCAAGAUCAGAGCAAGCCAAAGCCAACACGAUGGCGAUGUCACCUGUCUUGGAUGCGGCGGCCAAAGCCGCUGGCCGUGAUCUCAAUGGCAAUCCAUCAGCAAAGACAACAAAUGCAGCAGCAACAACGCCACGCAAAACAAAAAAGACAAUUAUCAACUGGCUGGUAAAUAGUGACAGUGAGAACAACAAUCGGCCGACGUGCGAUAAGGCCGGCAAAGAUAGUGCUAAUAAUCCCAAUCAAAAUCCGAAUAGCCAACCGAAUCCAAAUCAAAAUUGCACCUGCGAAUCGCGCGCGUUUCGCGACUUCCGUGGUGUGCAAACUCUGCGAUUGUUGUGGAGCAAGCGCAUCAAGAGUGCCAGCGAGGAUCACGGACACGCCCACCCCCACUCCCACCCAGUCACCCAUUCGAAUGCCUCCUCCACCUCGCUGGGAACUCUGAAAAAGUUAAACAAGAGCGUGAGUUGUUUGGUCAACGCGUUUAAUAACUCACGCGAUUCGCCCUCGCCGGAAAAGUCGCUAGCAAAACGCGCGGCCAGCUUGCAUAACCUGCAGGACUCCCACUCGAAGCACCAACAACAAUUGCAAUUGCAGCGGGAGAAGGACAACUUCUACAAGUACAAAAACGCCGAGCAGGCCAGAAUGCAGGCUAAGUUGAGAAGCAACGCCGAUGAGGCGAUUUUAAACGCCAGCGAAACGCGAGCGAAACGUGACGACAGCAGUUUACCUGCAGCCAAAUCGUAUAAUACAGAGCUCUUAUCAGCCGUAGAUAAGGUUGGAAAAUCAAAGGGGCAAAUCGAGGAGAAGGAGGAAGAGGUGGAGGCGGAGGAGGAGGAGCGAGUGGAACUGCGGGCCAAACGGGAGCGUAAUCGCCUUGAGGAAUUCAGUCUCAGCGCGGCGAGCGCCCAAAGUGGCGGCAGUUGCGAAUCGCUACAAACCACCACCUCAUCCAGCAGUACUCCCAACACAGUGACGUCAUCAACUGGUCGAUCGGGCGGACGUCGCAAGUAUAGCUUUAAAACGCACGCUGGCAAAUCCUAUCAUCAGCAUCAUCAGCCAACGAGGAGGAUAAGCAGCAUGGAUUCGCUGGGAAAUCCCAGUGGCGGCAUCAGUUUGGUGGCCAAGCUCACCCACCAGUUCAACGAGAUUAUCCAGAAGGAUGCGAGAUUAUUGGAACAGGUGAAGCGGAACAAUGGAGUGUGGCUCUCUAGGGGAACGCACGUCUACAAGAUCGUGGAGAAACCGACGGCGGAGGGAAAGAAUCCCGAGGAGAACCGCAUCUCCACCGUUCAGCGGAACAUCAAGAAGUUCGAGAAGCUGGAGAAGCCGAGUGUCCCACUGAAGAGCGAGCAGCUGAUGCGGAAGCACCUCGAACUGAUGCGGAGCAGCAAUCUUCCGCGGACUCCUCGAAGUAAAAGGAAUCUCAAGCUGCCGGCGGGAACUAUUCCUGAAUUGGCGAUGGUCAGCGAGGAACUGAAAACAAGUGCCGCCAAAGAGCAGACAAACUCAACUGAUUCACUGCCCAGCAAUCAUCAAAAGCUGAUUCAGAAUGAGCAAUCUAAUGACGAAAUGGAUUCCAUUUUGGGCGAAGAAGAGGAUCUGCGUCAGAAGCAGCGGAAGCACAAGUACGCCUCCAUUUACGAGAAGCUCAGAUUCACCUUCGCGAAAGGUAGAAAAUCAGCGAGUCCCUCGCCCACAAAAGGCAGAUCCAGAGAGGAAAUCACCAUAGAUGAGGAGAAUCUUAGGGAGAAUGUGCUGCCAGAGAAGGUUUCCAAGGAUAAAAUUAUCAAAGAGGAAGUUAUUAGUGUGGAAACACCCAGAAAAGAUAGUUUCAGGUUGGAUAUUCCCAAAGAGGUUAAGCCAAGUGCAAAUGAUUUGGAGGACUCCUCGCAUCCUUUGCUCAUUUCGCCCUGCCUGGAAGCCGACGCCAAAAUCCUGGAUGCCCUAGAGGCUCUCGAUCAAAAGCUCAAGGUUCUCAAUCCCCUAAACGAAAAUGCGGCGGAAAAUGGCGAGCGGGAACUCCUUUUGGCUGCCAACGAUGACUUCGAGCAGCGCAUCCUGCCAAACAGCUCGUUUGUCUACCAGGCAGCCAACAAGCAGAUCUCCAACAAUCAAAUCCUGCUCAACCAGGCGGUGAAUGUUACGUUGGUAAAUGCCAUCGAGGGUGAGCAGAUGAUCAUGGAGCAGAAGCAGCUGAUGAAGGUCCAGGAGGAGCAGGAAAAUAAACUCAAAGAUUUGGAUAAGGAGGAGCUAAAUCACAAGAAUGAGGAGCUCGCAGAACCCGAAUCCCUCUACGAACCCAUCACACCUGUCAACCAGGAAACCAAGACUGAAACCCAGACCUCCAGCCUCUUCAAGAUUUACGCCAAAAAGUCGGAGAUUGUGGAGGAUAUUUACCAAACGGUUGAGGAGGCAGCCACUCCCAAGGAAAAGCCGAACAACUGGCUGGAGGGUUACGAAUCGAUUGCAGGUUCCCAGGAGGCCAAUCCCUCGGCCUACGAUGGCUACGAGUCCUUCGCCUCGGAGGAAGUGGUCACCACACCCACAACUCCAUCGGGAACGGGAACUUUAGGCAGGAACACCCGCGAUGAGCUGCCGGAACUUCCGAAACCCAAGAGAGUGCUCAACAAAUCGCCGAUGCCACUGCGGCCAGCUCCUCCAAAGCCGGAGGCCAAGGAGUCGGAGGAGGAUGAGAACAUCUACGACACCAUCAAGGGAUGCUACGAGUCCAUGCAAAUCAAGGCCUCCACUUCCGGCGGAGGAGCCACCCUGACCACGGAUGCCAUUUCGCUGAGCUCCAACUGUUACGAGAGCAUCGCACACUUCCGGAAGGCGCGAAUGGCAACGAGUGGCCAGCAUCCCGGAUCCGCCGGCAGCUGCAUCCAGCUCUCGAGCAGCGGCUCCACCCUGACCAUCUCCUCGGACCACAAGACCAACAGUUUGUAUGAGUCCUCGCUGGCGGCCACUGGGUGCGUGGUGUACGGAAGUGCCAGCGUGGGAUGCAGAUCCUCCAUGGGCAGCAGUUCCGGGAGCAGGGACAGCGGGAAGCCCCACGACAAGCGAUCCUCGAUCGCGGGAUCCAGUGACAACAGCGACGCCUGGGUGGACAUCUCGGACGGGGAGCUGAACCAGGCGACGGCGGAGGCGGCCCCCAACGAGGCCCAGUUUAUUGUUGUACGGGAAAGGUUUAAGCCGCAUCGCACUCGAAGUCCGGAUUGGUCGAAGCGCAUUAGAGACAAAAGACUGCAACAAAAGAAGGCGAUAAGCUGCAUUGAAGAUGACUCAGACCACUAUUACGAGACGCUGUCGCCACUCGGAAACAAACGCCAUUCAACGCAGCUGGUGCGACACAGCCAGGAGUCGGGUCGCAACAGCGGAAUGCGCUCCUCGCACCGCCGCAGCAAGAACCACUCGGCAUCCGCCCACACGCUGGGCGAGCCCGUCAUCUCGGACGACUACGACUCCUUCGACACGGACAGCGACGAUCACGGCGAGGGGGAACCCAGCCAGCGACUAAGAAACCACAACGACAGCGGCGUGGACAUGCGCAACGAUCGCCUGCCGAAGCCUCCCCAAAAUCAGGUGUACGAGUUUGUGCGGAAAUUCCGUGACUUCAUCUCCAGCAAAAAGUCUCCCAAGGGCAGCCAGCAAAAGCUGUACGAGAAUGCCCCGCCAGCCACCCAGUUCUACGUGGAGAGUGCCAAGCGAACGGAGGAUGUGUACGAGAGCACGGAGUACGGACCGGAGAGGAGUCCGGCAACCAAGAGUCACCAGGAGCAGGCUCCUGUGUUGAGAGCCAAACAGAAGAAUGGGAAGAGCCUUCGCUCCCGUUUGCGCAAAAGUCUAGUCGGUUCCAGCUUCGAUACCAAACAGCUCUCCUCUUUGGCGGCCACGCGAAGCACCUUCUACGUGGAGGAUCCCGAGGGAUCGCUGCCACCCUUGCCAUUGGAACCCGAGAUCCACGGAUCCGGGGAACUGGACUCGGGCUUCUCCGAGAAGAACUGCACGCCAACGGCGGAGUCACAAAAGUUCUCGACUGUGGCUCGCAAGGCCAAAAAGGAGGCGAAGGCCAGUAGGCGCCGCACCACUAUUGGAUUGCGUCCCCAUGAACCGCCUCCGCCUCCUCCUCCAAUGACGGGCAGCAAAACGCCCACGGAUCCCGAACGGGAACAGGAAACCGGACAGACCACCUCCUGGUACGCCGAGUGCGGUGUCUUCAAGCAGGCCACCAAUGGAGCUGUUUCUCCCAGGGGCGAUGAACCCAUCACACCCACGCCGAGUGGUCAUGGCGGAGUUAGCUCCUGGUACGCCGAGUCGGGUCUCUACCAGACCAGUGGCGUCUCCGUGGCCAGUUCCAGCGGCAGCUCUGGUGUCUCCACGGGCAACGAGGCUGGCCUGGGCGACGAGAUGUCCUCGGAGCCGCACAGUCUGUUCUCCAACGAGCCACUCUAUCAGAUGUACAGCGCCGCCAAAUUGGAGUCGAUCACCCGCGACUUGGAGGCACAUGGCUCUUCGGAUGGCUACGAGGAGAUUGGCCAGCACGCCAAGGCGAAGACCGAACCUCUGGCCAAGACACGACCCACUGCCCUCCAGCUGGUGGAACCCAAGAAUGGACCAUCUCGAACCCUGUGGAGUGAAAUCCCAGAGGUCAUUCAAUCAUGCAUACUACCCACGCUGACGAGUCGGGAGCGCAGUCUGCAGGAGGCCAAGUUCGAGAUCAUCACCUCGGAGGCGAGCUACCUGAAGUCGCUGAACCUUUUGCGAAGGCACUUCAUGAACCACAGCGCCUUCGUGGACACAUCCGUGCUUAGUGCGAAGGACCGCAAGGCGCUCUUCUCGUACAUUGUGCCGGUGCACGAGUGCUCGGAGAAGCUGCUCACGGAGCUGGAGGCCUGCUGGCAGGACAACAUCAUGCUGCUGGGACUGAGUCGCUGCAUCUACGAGAUCGCCGAGCGGCACUUCCACGUCUACGUCUCCUUCUGCGAGCAUCAGGGCAGGAUGGAUAGGACGCUGCGUAGGUUGAAGGAGUCCAAGGAGUCGCUGGCCUUCCAGCAGCAUCUGGAGCGCCUGGAGGCGAGUCCCAGCUGCUGCGGCCUCAACCUGCACUCGUUCCUCAUGCUGCCCAUGCAGCGGAUCACCCGACUGCCGCUCCUCAUCGACGCGGUGUUCAGCAAGGAGUCGCCGCUGAAUCGCGAGGAGUACGAGAGCUGGAAGCUGACGCUCGCCCUCGUCCAGAAGAUCGUGGGCCAGUGCAACGAGGCGGCCAACCGGUGGGAGCAGGCCUUCGAGCUGGAGCGGAUCGCCCGCCAGCUGGAGUUCCCCUCCCACAUUCGAGCAUUGGCCAUUGCCCCGGUGGGCGUGCCGCGAGCGGGCUCCAAGCCGCGCUUCCUGGUCAAAAGAGGCGAACUGACGCACCUUGUGUGGCGCGGCGAAGAUGCCAAGCUGACCUUCGGCAAGCGACUGACCAAGGUCAGCAUCUACGCCUUCCUCUUCUCGGAUCUGCUGCUUCUGUGUAAGCGGCGAGGGGAAUCUCUGUUCACCGUCUUCGAUUACUGCCCCAGGAGCAUGCUGACCCUCUCCACCGGCGACUCGCUGCCCCAGCUGCCCACCAAGGACCUCAAAGAUCAGGCGGGGAAGAACCUCAUCCUGAUGACUCUCCUCGAGAACAGUGACCGAAAAACAGUCGAGCUGGUGCUGUCCUGCCCAUCGGUGUCCGAUCAGCAGCGCUGGCUGCAGGCGAUGCGACCGCCCGAGGCGGAGACUCCCGGCGAGAAGCUCUACGAAUCAUGGGACUGUCCUCAGGUGGUAGCGAAGCACAGCUACGAGUCCGACGAACCGGACGUCCUCCAACUGGAAUUGGGCGACGUCGUCAAUGUGUCGCGAAAGCUGCCCGACGGCUGGUACCAGGGCGAAAGGAUCCGGGAUGGAGCGGUCGGCUGGUUCCCCGGCAGCUACACCGAGGAGCUGAACUCGGCCCACGUCCGCGCCCGCAACCUGAAGCAGCGGCACCGCCUGCUCACCUUCACGGCCACCUACUUGGAGUCGCAGAAGGGCAAGUGACCCCGAAGUGGCCCCAUCUGGAGGUCGAGUUUCAUGCUGAGCACGCGAGCAACGCCAACUCCAUAGUCCGAAAGCAACUCUAAGUGAACUACCAUAAAUAGCCGUACACUGUAGGAAAUGUGAUAAUUAUUUAAAUCGAUGUUAGUGUCGAUUAAUGGGGAGUCUUAAAAUAAUUACUUUCCCUAUAAAUAAGCAAUAGCAAGUAGAUAUAUGUAUUUAUGUAUAACCAAUACCAAUUAUAAAUUACAUAAGCGAAUUAAACAAACAAAAUACAAAUAAAACAAUUACAAGAAUAAAACGAAAA